AUGGGGUUCGUCUUCUCUCCUGGUGUAACGGCCAAGAAGGCCGCGGGUUACUCGUCGGCAGUACAGAAAUUCUCCCAGACUUUGCAGUCCUUUCAAUUUGACUUUAUUGGUGACACGCUAACAGAUGAUGAGAUUAAUAUCGCUGAAUCCUUUAAGGAGUUUGCAGAGUUGCUCCAAGAGGUAGAACUUGAGAGAUCAAUGAUGGUGCAAAACGCUAGUGAUUUGCUGAUCAAACCUUUGGAAAAUUUUCGGAAGGAGCAAAUAGGGUUCACCAAGGAAAGGAAGAAGAAGUUUGAGAAGGACGGUGAGAAGUUUUAUUCCAUGUUGGAUCGCCAUUUGCAUUUGUCUUCUAAAAAGAAGGAAUCCCAACUACAAGAGGCUGACCUCCAGGUUGACAAAGAGAGACACAAUUUCUUUGAGUCCUCCCUUGAGUAUGUGUACCAGAUCCAGGAAGUACAAGAAAGCAAGAAAUUCAGUAUUGUUGAGCCGGUGUUGGCUUUUCUCCACAGCCUCUUUACUUAUAACAACCUGACAGUUGAACUCACACAGGAUUUCCUUCCUUAUAAACAGCAGCUUCAGCUCAGCCUGCAGAAUACAAGGAAUCACUUUUCCAGCACACGAGAGGAGUUGGAAGACCUGAAGAAAAGGAUGAAAGAAGCCCCCCUAACCUGCAAACUGCCUGGGCAGCCAACCAUAGAGGGUUAUCUGUACACUCAAGAGAAAUGGGCAUUGGGCAUCUCUUGGGUGAAAUAUUAUUGCCAAUACGAAAAAGAGGCAAAAACUUUAAGGAUGACCCCCAUGGACCAGAAGCCUGGAGCUAAGCAAGGCACCUUAGACUUGACAUUGAAAUCCUGUGUAAGGAGAAAGACUGAUUCUAUAGACAAAAGGUUUUGUUUUGACAUUGAAACUAAUGAAAGAUCUGGUACCAUCACAUUGCAAGCACUUUCCGAAGCUAAUCGAAGGCUAUGGAUGGAAGCUAUGGAUGGAAAAGAGCCAAUCUACCACAGUCCCAUCACGAAACAGGAGGAAAUGGAGUUGAACGAGGUUGGCUUCAAGUUUGUAAGGAAGUGCAUCAACGCAGUAGAAACGAAAGGGAUUACUACAGAGGGUGUCUACCGAACUGUUGGCAGCAAUAUUCAGGUGCAGAAGUUGCUGAAUGCCUUUUUUGAUCCAAAAUGUCCAGGGGAUGUAGAUCUCCAAAGCGGUGACUGGGACAUCAAGACAAUUACCAGCUCACUGAAGUUUUAUCUCAGGAACCUGUCUGAGCCCGUCAUGACAUACAAACUCCACAAGGAGCUGGUCUUGGCUGCCAAAUCUGAGAACCUGGAUUACAGGCUGGGAGCCAUUCAUGCUCUGGUCUAUAAACUACCUGACAAAAACAGAGAGAUGUUAGAGCUCCUCAUACGACACCUAGUCAACAUAUGUGAGCACAGCCGAGAGAAUCUGAUGUCACCAUCUAACAUGGGGGUGAUAUUUGGACCUACCCUCAUGCGAGCACAGGAGGACACCGUAGCAGCAAUGAUGAACAUCAAGUUCCAGAACAUUGUAGUUGAGAUCCUCAUCGAACAUUUUGCAAAGAUCUACUCUGGUCCCCCAGAAGACAACACUGCUCCACCGGUCCCUCCUCCAAGAGUGACUGCCCGGAGACACAAACCGAUCACCAUUUCCAAACGUCCUUUGAGGGAAAGGCCUGUCUUUUUUGGUGCUUCUGUGGGAGAAAGUGAAGGUCAGUUCAGCUCUUCACUGACCUCCUAUCCAUCUCUCAUCCCACCUAUUUUUCUUACCACCUUUCCAGGAGCGAUGGAAAGCAGUAAUAGCAGCACUGCAUUUCCAAGGACAUGAACACGUCAGGCAAGCCAGCUGGAGCAGCGUGCCGAGGGCGACGUGGGCAAGCUGGUGUCCCGGCUGCAGGACACGGGGACGAAGCUGGCCGGCAGGUCUGCCAACGGGGUGGUGUCUGGCCCUGCUCUGAAGACCUCCACGCUCCAUGCCAAGCGGCCGGCGCCUCGGCCUGUGAUUUACGGCAGGGAGGGUGAGUGUGACGGUGUUCCCAAACCACGAUCUCAUGGUGAUAAGCCUGUGAUAACACGUCCCCCAGUCAGACCUCCAGACCCACCGUGCAGAACUCCUGUCCUUCAGAAGCUGGAGCAGAAGCCAGAUCUGAUAGCAGGAGCAGCAGAGGAAAUGCCUUCUUCUGUAGUGGCCUCAAGGACAAAGUUCUUUGAGACAGCUUCCCGAAGAACCAGCAAUUCUUCAUCACCACAAGGCAGGCUCCCAGGUGAUGACAGCUGAGGUUAAAGACUUUUUAACCACCGAAGCCCGGCUGGACCCAGGAGAUUUUCUGUGCUUGUGAAAUGGACAUCUCACAGCUAAGAUUUUUCCCAGUUCGUAUGACCCUGGAGAGCAGCUGUCUUACCGGACGAUAGUUUCAGAGCAUGCUGUCUUAAGUGGCUCAAGAAAUUAGAAGAGAGGGAAAUAAAAAUGGAGAGAAGACCCUACCUACUUGUUUGCUUUGAAUCGUUCACAGUCCUUCCAUCAUUCUUCUCUACACAGGCCAUGUGUAAAGAUGCUCGUUGUUUGCCCGCCCAGGUGACCAGCAGGAUUUGCACUGUUGGGUGAAAGCCAGCAGAGGACAUCCGAUGAGGCAUGGAAGGGACAGCAGAGGACGAGAGCAGCUAUUUACCUGUUCACUUUCUGUGAAAUCUGCCUUGGCAAGGGGGAUCUUGCAGAGACACUGCAGUCGAAAUGCAAGGAACUGAUUCCCAGUGCUUGGGUGCAGGGACAGAACGGACUGAAGUUUGAGCUGGCCCUCCUUGUCAUGAGAAGCUCCUUCCAAUAUGUUACCUUUUCCUUGCUAAGUAAGCUAUAAUGUGUUUUUCAAUGUUUGAGUAGUAUGUAUUACUGAAAAUACUGCUUGUACUAAGGCAGGCAGGAGAGGAAUUGGGGGAAUGGGGGAUGGGAUUGUCAUGCUGAGCUUUAUGGGAAUUCUCUUUGCCUCGUUACUUCAUCAGCAUGCCUCUGUACUGAGAAACAGAUAUCCUGUGUGGUGGGAAACACA